AGUUGUCGGUCACAUGCAUCACUCCACAGGCCUGUCAAAAGAGCCUGCACACUCUCUGUGCUCAGCCAUAGGUUCUCUGCGCACCUGAGACAGAAAAAAGAAACACCAUUAAUUCCUCUGAGGUUUCCUUUUCCUGCAUUCCUUCUGGAAAACCCACCCGAAUAGAGGAAGAAGAUGAAGAAACUAAGCCUUUUAGCAGUGUUCUUGGUCUUCUUGUUGACCCCACAGCAUCGUGUGGAGGCUCAGGGGGGUUUCAUUAGGACAAGUGGGCUGCAUUUUGUUCUGAAUGGGAGCCCAUUCUUUGCCAAUGGCUUCAAUGCCUACUGGCUCACCUGCGUGGCCUCCGAUCCUUCUCAGAGGUACAAGAUCUCCAAUGCCUUCAUGGAAGCCUCGAGCCGUGGGCUCUCCGUGGCCAGGACUUGGGCCUUCAAUGAUGGGGGGAGCACAGCUUUGCAGUACUCCCCUGGUUCUUACAAUGAACAGAUGUUCAAGGGGUUGGAUUUCGUAGUAUCUGAGGCCGGAAAGUACAACAUCAGGCUUAUAUUGAGCUUGGUGAACAACUAUGAUAGCUUUGGAGGGAAGAAGCAGUAUGUGCAGUGGGCCAGGAAUCAAGGACAGAACAUUGCAUCAGAUGAUGAAUUCUUCACCAACCCUGUGGUUAAAGGAUUUUACAAAAAUCAUGUCCAGACUGUGCUCACAAGAGUUAACACCAUCACUGGAGUUGCUUACAAGAAUGACCCAACAAUCUUUGCAUGGGAGCUUAUGAAUGAGCCCAGAUGCCAAUCAGAUCCAUCAGGAAGUACCAUUCAGGCAUGGAUCACAGAGAUGGCUGCCUUUCUGAAAUCCAUAGACAGUAGUCACUUGCUGGAAGCUGGUCUCGAGGGAUUCUAUGGAACAUCAUCAGCAGAGAAGCAAUUCAAUCCAGGCUUUCAAGUGGGAACAGAUUUCAUAUCCAACAAUCAGAUUCCUGGAAUUGAUUUUGCCACCAUUCAUUCCUAUCCCGAUCAAUGGUUGUCUGAUACAAAUGAUCAAGCACAACUUGCUUUCCUGAACAAAUGGCUUGACUCCCACAUCCAAGAUGCACGCAAUGUCCUCCGAAAACCAUUGCUCCUAACCGAGUUUGGAAAAUCCUGGAAAGAUCCUGGCUACAGCAGCUCCCAAAGGGAUGCAUUGUUCAACACAGUGUAUUCUAAAAUCUAUUGGUCAGCAAGAACUGGGGGUGCGACUGCAGGUGGCCUUUUCUGGCAGCUCCUGACUGAAGGGAUGGACUCAUAUAGAGAUGGAUAUGAAGUUAUUCUAAAUGAAGCACCUUCUACAAGCAACAUGAUCACUGCCUACUGCCACAGGCUUCGCUACUUGGGGAAGCUGUAUGCUAGAAUGCGAAACAUUGAGAAAAUACAGGAGGCUGAGGCCAUCAGAAAGCAGCAGUGGCAGAAUGAAAACAAGGGAAAGAAUAUAGGAAAUUAAGCUAGCUAAUAGUUUCACAGGGUGCAGAUAUUUUGACAUGAUACCUAGAUGAAUGAAAGCUUAAGUUUAUUAUUUCUUUGAGAUGAUUUUCCUUCAUCCAAGGAAUGGCUUUGCUGAAUCGAAGGCAAAGAAAACUUGCAGGCUGGAAGGCAAAGAAUAUCUGCAGGCACUGGAAUGUAGUAUUAUUGUUGUCUUUUAUAAGUGAUCAACUAAGUAUUUCUCGUUUAAACUGUUGAUCAAUGUGCAAUCACACAGAUCUCCAAGUGAUGACGAUAGAAUAAAUUUUUCCAUCCAUAAUUGAAAGAAUAAAAGAGUUUUUCCUGCUAA